CCCGACGGCUGCCGGUGCCACCCGUCCGAGAGCCCCGCAGCGCGUACAACCAUGCGUUGAGCCCUGCCAAGGAGAGUGGAUGCCAAACCUGAAUUACCAGCCCAGAGAGUGGCUGUGGAUCCCGGGAGCUCCUGUGAUUUGCGGCAGGUUUUUCAGGUCCCCGCCUGUCACACACACACGCAGAUACUUAAGCAGUCACCCAAGGACCUGCGGGGUUCUCGUUUUACACACUUCUGGUCCCUGCCAGCUCCAGUGCCUGGCCCCAUAGCCCUGCCCCAGGAGAAGAUGGCCACGGAAAAGCCAGUGACUCCCACUGAGGAGCAGCUGGAGAUCCUGGAGUACAACUUCUGCAAGGUGAACAAGCAUCCUGACCCCACCACGCUGUGCCUCAUUGCAGCUGAGACCGGACUCUCCGAGGAGCAGACCCUGAAAUGGUUCAAGCAGCGCCUGGCAGAGUGGAGGAAGUCUGAAGGACUGCCCUCAGAAAGCGGGUCUGUCAGGGACUAGAGGAUGCUGCUCUGAUCUCCAUGCCUCCUAUAAAUGAUGGUGAAGCUCUUCAGAGUGGGUUUUGCUGGGUUCUUCUGUUGCAAUAGGUUUUGCGAUAUAAAGUAAUACUCUGCUAUUUAACAUAAGUUUUAUUUAACAUGUACAUAACCAAAAAAAGAACAUUAUAUAUAUAUAUAUAUAUAUAUGUAUGUGUGUGUGUAUACAGCUUUUGAUGGCUGGUAACCUGUCUAGUGAUUCCAACCCAUUAACAGCAGCUGCACAGGACAAGGCAAUCUCAUGCUCUUGUCCCAGGCUUGCAGAAAAGCUGCCAUGAAACAUGUUCAAAUAUAGAAAGAGGAAAUAAAGAUUCAUUUUCCUUACAA